AGAAUGUUCCUCCUGCUGACAGCACUUCAAGUCUUGGCUGUAGGCAUGACACAGAGCCAAGAAGAUGAGAACAAGAUAAUUGGUGGCUAUACGUGCACCCAGAACUCCCAGCCAUGGCAAGCCGCCCUCCUGGCAGGCCCUGGGCGUCGCUUCACCUGUGGAGGGGCCCUACUUUCAAGCCAGUGGGUCAUCACUGCUGCUCACUGUGGCCGCCCGACCCUUUGGGUAGCCCUAGGCAAGCACAACCUCAGGAGGUGGGAGGCCACCCAGCAGGUGCUGCGCGUGGCUCGCCAGGUGACAUACCCCAACUACGAUGCCCGGAAACACAACAACGACCUGAUGCUGUUGAAGCUGGAGAAGCCUGCCCGGCUGGGGAGGGCAGUAAAGACUAUCCCCAUUGCCCAGUCGUGUGCCAGCCCUGGGACCCUCUGCCGUGUGUCAGGUUGGGGGACCACAUCCAGUCCUAUUGUCAGGUACCCCUCCACUCUGCAGUGUGUGAGCAUCUACAUUGCCCAGAAUCAGACAUGUCAGCAGGCCUACCCUGGAGCCAUCACUGCUGGCAUGGUCUGUGCAGGGGUUCCCCAGGGCGGGAAGGACUCUUGUCAGGGUGACUCUGGGGGACCCCUUGUGUGCGGAGGGCAGCUUCAGGGCCUUGUGUCCUGGGGAAUGGAGCAUUGUGCCCAGCCUGGCUACCCUGGUGUGUACACCAACCUGUGCAAGUAUCAAAACUGGAUCCAGGAGGUGAUGCAGGGCAGACAGUCAUCCUCGUGA